AUGGCAAGAAUUGGCGACGGAUGGAUUUACACCGCAUCACCUAAUGAUAUUCUCAAUGAAGACAUUAAUGUUGUCCCAAAAGAUUCACCUGAUAACAAUGAGAGUGGACAAUGUUGCACUUCCGAGAAAUGUGUAUCGAACACGCCAAAGGAGAAACAAUGGACUGAUCAAUCGUUGCUUUUGAAUGAAAAUAUUCAAAUUUAUUUAGCGAAAUCGAAUGUACUUCAACGAGCUUCAUUUCUAAAUAUAAUUCAACAACGGAAAAAACAAGAAAAAAAGCAAAUCGAUCGAUGUCUUUCGAUAUUUGAUAUUCAUUAUGGUAUGCAAAUGAAAUUUCGUCAGGAUAGCCAUAUAAAUGGCUCAUCAAUGAAUACCUACAGUUCCAUAGGCAGAUAUUACCGUUGUUUAAGUGAGGAGCGUUAUGCCAAGGACCAUUUACCUUGUGUACGACAUCGACGUCACAAUCAAGAAUAUGAAGAAAGACGAUCGAAUCAACUGUCACAGAGUUAUCAAGAACCGUGUGUUAAUUUCAAUAAUACGAAAUUUCCAAGAAUUAAACUAACGAAACAGUAG